UACUUGGGGUACCUGCUGCACAUAACCUCCUCCUAUCCUUAGGAGGUACCUACACCCAACCUAUCUAGGUACCUCCAGAUGUCAUGUACAUCUCACCAUCCUGGGGUUUAUCUUUCUCCAUGGAGGAACCAUCCAACCUGCCUCCUCCCUACUACUACAUUCCCUACCGUCGCCGACAAGAUUCACCCGACCUGUCCUCCGCCUCUGCACCGCUGCGAUCUCGGCGAUACGAAUCAAGUUCGGCGGAUCGCGAAACGACGCCUUGCCUCCGUGCGCUGCCUACAACUAGCUACCCGACAAGCUACCCAAGCUACCUUGGGAACGCAUUGUAUAUACAUACAGCGACAAAUCAGAAACCAGGGUGGAGCCGAUCACAUAUAUCGCAGGGUUGGCACAAGAUGUAACGGAGCUGGGCUGGGAACUCGGACGUUUCGAUCACACACGCACGCACGCAGGCGCGCGCGCGCGCGGACACAAUGCAGCGAUCCCAACCGAGAGCCCCGGGCAGCUUCUCGCCUCUGCCCGGCUCUGUUUCUUCCACUGCCGCUGCCGCUGCCGCUUCCGCUGCCCCUUCGCGACCUCAGAUCCGCAGGAUAGAAUCCUCCUCUAGCGACGAUACCAUCUCCCUACCCAAGACUAGAGGCCCCUCUACCUCUGGUGGCCUCGCCGGUGGCUCAUCCCUUACCAGCAGCCCGCAAAACUUCUCCCGUCCCAACAGAACCAAUAACGACCUUCCCUCCGCCAGAACCGCUUCGCCCCUGACUCUCCCGCCUGCGCGCGUCGGCCACGUCAGGAAGCACUCCCAAACUCAAGGCCUCUUCGAACCCACGCUGCCCUCCACGAGCACAUCCAACCUCUCCCAAGUCGCCAUGGCCCAGCCGCAGCCCGGCGCGCUUUCGGCCAGCCAGAUAGCCGCCCAGGCCGCCAUGCAGCACCAGCAGCACAGCCGCCACCGAUCACAGACCGUUCCCUUCCCUGGGAGUGAUGCCCACGAUGCUGCCAAGAGGCCGGGCCCCAAACCUGGUCCCGGCCCCCGAAGCCCUCCCAUGCUGAGCCUGACCGAGGCGAGUGGCCCGCGAGAUAACGGCUUUGGCUCCCAGGGAUAUCAUAACGGCCUGCUCGGCAGCCAUGCCGCCGCCGCCGCCACCGCCGCCGCCAAUGUUGUCUUCCCGAGAUCUCCUCAAACCUCGCCAGGUUUGCCGCCGCCAGAUCAGCCCGUACCGCCCCCUGUAGCGAUACCAGAGAAGCCCGCAAAGGCAGAGAAGUCCAAGGUAAAGCUUUUCUCUCGGCCAAAGAAGAUCGAGACCAAGGGCGACGCGAAGGAUCGACCCCUUCCGAGUCCGGGAAAGAUUGGUUCUGCUCUGGCCUCUCUACAACGCGCCAACUUUAGUACCACUAGUCUCGCCGAUUCGCAGUCCUUCUACAGUUUGGGGAACUCGUCUGCCGUGACUAUUCGACCUGGCGACGCGACCACGGGGGGGGAAGGUAAGGAGAAGGACAAGGAACGCAGGCACCACUUCCUAUCUCGUCAGAAGCAUAAGUUGAGCAGUAAAGACGACUACCACCUACUCCUGUCCUCUGCUGCUAGCAACUCGCGGCCUGUCGACCCGAGUGCGCCGUCGAGCCUGUACAGCUUCCACCUGCCGCCGAGUCCCGGCCCCAAUAACAAUUUCGGGAAAAGCGUGAGCGGCCUCGAUUUGCGGCAUGGGGGGCGCGCACUACGCGAGAAGAGGAAAGAUGACGGCAACGAAUUGUCUUUCGGCCCUGGUGCUGAAUGGUCCGGGCCUGGCAGUCUCGGGUCCAACACACCCUCAUAUCUCCUCGACCCCCUCGACUUUGGUAAAUAUGGUCUUCAUAACAUGUCCCUUGACGAUGCCUGGCCGUAUCUGAGGGGGAAGCUCCUCGUCAUAUUCGAGGGGGAGGAUCUGCGCCUGCCGGUAGAGGAUUUCAACCGUGUUGUUGUCAUGCAUAUCCAACACUGCAUCCAGCGUCGGUCGGCCUAUAUCAUCAUCGACGACCUGCGGGAUUUGCUGUCGACCGGCUUCUCCUCCCUCGACCACACGUUACGCAAGACUCCCGAGGAUAGGCUGAUCCCUGCGCUAGUCGAGCUGUGGAUCUUUACGUUUACGAGCAUUCUGCCUUACAUCCAGGCCGUCUUCCUGCCUUUGGAUUUGGAGUUUUCUGGCUCCGGGUCCCUCUUAACCCCCGAGAAGGCACGGGACUUCUGGGGAGGCGUAGUAGCUAGCUCUCCGGGGCCGAAUCCCGAGCAGCCCCACGUAUCCCCUGCUUCCGCCGUCCUAGACGUUCGGCGACUCGUCCUCAUAGCCUACCGCGACCACUUGAUCAUACCCCGAUACGAGAAGCUCAAGACCAUCUUCUCCCGGCUGUCCCUCGAACAUCUGCCGUCUUCCCUCGCCUCGCUCGCCUUGGCGUCGCCGCCGCUGCUGAACGAGAACGUGGCAGCCCUCUCGACGUCGCCGGUCGACGGGUUCUCCGGACGGCCGGGGACGGCCAUGUCGCUGGACCCCAGCGUCGCCAGCUACAAUUCCAACUCGACGACGGUCUUCGGCAACGACUCGAACCCGUCGCGGAGCCGCGCGAUCAGCAACGUAUCCUUUGGCAGCGGCGUGUCUGAGCCGGCCUCGGCGGGCGCCGGAAGUCUGCUCAGGCCCUUCACGCCGCAGACGAGGGACGGCGGCGGCGACCGGGGCGGCAGGGACGCGCUCGGCAGCUUGCGCGAGCAGAACGUCGAGGACAGCAAGCAGGUGACGGAGAUGGUGGGCCGCAUGCUCCAGUGCAUGAGCGUGCUGGCCAGCGUCGACGCCGGCGCCAACGCGGUAGGGGCCGACGACGGGAGCAAGAUGGUGGCGGAGCUGGGCCGGCUGCUCAAGCUGAACUGGUUGGGCAGGGGGCGGACGGGCAGGAACCGGAGGGGCAUGGUGGGGGGAAGGGUCAAGAGGCACGAAAACAACAAUUCUAUCGGCCACCUGAGCCCGAGGGAGGGGAUACACGAAGGCGUCGAGGUGGCUUCAUGAGGGCUCGCAGUGUACGAGAGCGGUGCGGCUAUACAGACAAACCUGAAGUGGUCUUUUGGGCAUCUAGUCACAAACCGGGUUGGUAUAGGAUCUGUCACGGACAUAGGUUACGAGGAAAACGCCGGCUAGGAGUUUUAAGGGGACUGUUGAUUGCGAAUAUAUCUCUAUCUAACGAUACGGAGUUUGACCACGCAACGGUUCAUGUUACUCAUCGCGAAACGCGAUCGACGGUAGCUGAUGGCCCGAGGGUGCGGUUGAAAUAU